AUGGCAAACAGACUCAAGUCACAACCAGGUUUAAAUGCCAGUUUGGUGGAUGAUGAUAAUGAUAUACAUGACGUACCAUGUGAUGAAUGUAAAUCGCAAUAUAUUAUAGGAGAUCGAUAUAGAUGCUUGGAAUGCACCGAUUUUGAUUUAUGCGGUACAUGUUUCGAGAAAAGAAGAGAGACGGAUGAGCAUAAAAAUGGCCACGCUUUUGCGCAUUUUAGAAUACCAACGGAGCUGUUUGGGACGCCUAUUACAGAUGAUAGUCGUGAAGUUACAUUACCUCAAUUAAUAGAAAAAUUCAAAAGUAUUCGGCAUGAAAAAAUAGCAUGCGAUGGUUGUAAAACUAAUCCUAUCGUUGGCAUUCGGUUCAAGUGUGACACAUGUUCCUCUUAUGAUUUGUGCUUAAAAUGUAAGACCGCAAAAGUAGAGACCAAUCAACAUAAAUCCAAUCACCCACUAGUUGUCAUUGGGGAAAACAAUCUUCAAGAAAUUGACAUCGAUGAUAUUAAGUUGGGACAAAAAUUAGGAGAAGGUGCUUUCGGUGCUGUUUACAAGGCAAAAUGGAUUUCAAGAAAUCGUGAUGUGGCUUGCAAAAUAAUUUCCAUUCAACCCACUCAAAUGCAUCUGUUCCAAAGCUUUAAACGUGAACUUGCAGCUUAUAACGAAUUAUCAGGUGCUUAUAUUCUUAAAUUAUAUGGAUAUGCAUUGAGACAAGCAAAAUCAGUAACAGACGAAAUGCAAUGUGCUCUGAUUAUGGAAUUUAUGAGUAAAGGUAGUUUAGCUUCUGUUAUUCGAGAACACGAAAAGCUAUCACUAAGCUGUAAGCUUGACAUGGCUUGGCACAUAGCAAGUGGCAUGAGAAAGCUACAUGAUAGAAAAAUGAUUCAUCGUGAUAUAAGACCAGAUAAUGUUCUUGUCAAUGGAUAUUAUACAGCUAAAAUAGGGGAUAUGGGUAUCGCACGUGAUUUUAGAAGUCCAGGACAAUAUAUGACAACUGUUGGUUGUCAACCAUAUAUGCCUCCCGAAUUCUAUACGAGUAAUUAUGAUCAGUCUCUGGACGUAUUUACAUUCGGACUGACACUGUACUAUUUGUUCAAUGAGAAAAACCAUUUAUUUCAUGAACCAUCCAGAAAAAUUAUUUUACCAGAGAAAAGUCCUGUUUUCGAUGAAUUGAUUCGCUAUUGCACUCUCGAUGAUCAGAAUCAAAGACCUUCAGCUUUAGAAUUAGAGACAACAUUUGUAACGUACAAACGUGUCUUUGAAAAACACAUUCGAGUCCAACAUCAAGAUUAUGAAGAACAAUCUGUAGAAGUUCAGAAUCGCAUUUUUCAAGAAUUCUACGAUUCUUUCUCUCCGAAAGCCAGCGCAGCGCUCAAAGAAAAAUUUCCUAGAGCUUCUUCACGAGCUCAGGUCAUUAUUGAUCCAGAUGGUGUAAAACAACUAUUACUCAUGCUUCUGCAAGUAGCAACAAAAGAUGAAUAG